CCUUUAAAAAAUAAAAAAAAUAAUAAUAAUCUGGUCCGUUUCCAUCUCUCUCUUGUAAGAAGAAGAAAAGACAAAAUAGCUUCUCCCUCUCCCACCCCUCCCAGCAGGUCGAACAAAUCCCAUGUGUUCUACCUUGUUCAUUCUGUAAAAGUUUUCCUCAGAAAAUUGAAAAUGGUUCGGGCGCUGGAAGAGGAGCAAGAAAAUUACAGGGCUAGAUUGUUUCGUUUCAGAGGAAUGUAUGAGGACGCAGGGCGACAUGCAAAGAGCAUGAGCGCUGACAGUGGUAGCGCAUUAGAAGGUGUCGAUGAUGAUGACAGGAUUGCAACGAGAAGUCAAGGAUCGAGAUCUCUAAAUGAACAGGCAUUAGAGAGACAACAAAUUGGUUCUGUUUUGAAUAAAAACGAUCAUCCUCCUCCUCCUCCUCCUGUAUCUCGGUUGACCAAAGACGAAGCAGGAUCCAAAGACAAGCAACCCUCAUCAGAUAUGGAAAUGAUGAAGGAGAGGUUUGCAAAAUUGCUUUUGGGUGAGGAUAUGUCUGGUGGAGGAAAAGGAGUUUCAUCAGCCUUGGCAUUGUCAAAUGCCGUUACGAACCUUGCUGCUUCUGUGUUUGGUGAACAAUGGCGUCUAGAGCCCAUGUCGGCAGAAAGAAAAGCAAGGUGGAGAAAAGAAAUCGAUUGGCUCCUAUGCGUCACCGAUUACGUCGUUGAAUUUGUUCCUUCUCAACAGAAAUCCAAGGAUGGAGGUAACAUGGAGAUAAUGGUGACACGGCAACGAACUGAUCUACACAUGAACAUCCCCGCCUUGCGCAAGCUUGAUGCAAUGCUUAUUGAUUGUCUGGAUAAUUUCAGAGACCAAAGUGAAUUCUGUUAUGUGUCAAGAGAUGCUGACGACUCGGAGAAAGGGAAAACGACGACGAGGAAAGAUGACAAAUGGUGGCUACCUGCUCCUAAAGUUCCCCCAGCUGGUCUAUCUGAAAUGUCAAGAAAGUUUUUACAAUAUCAGAAAGAUUGUGUUAACCAAGUGCUUAAAGCAGCCAUGGCCAUAAAUGCUCAAGUUCUUUCGGAAAUGGAGAUCCCCGAAAACUAUAUUGAAUCCCUUCCCAAGAACGGGAGGGUAAGCCUCGGGGACUCCAUCUACAGGAGUAUUACAGUAGAAUUCUUUGAUCCUGACCAGCUUCUCUCCACCAUGGACUUAUCAUCGGAGCACAAAAUCCUAGACCUGAAGAACAGAAUUGAGGCUUCCAUAGUGAUUUGGAAGAGGAAGAUGAACCAAAAAGACGGAAAAUCUGCUUGGGGUUCGGCUGUGAGCUUGGAGAAGAGAGAACUCUUUGAAGAGAGAGCUGAGACCAUUUUACUCAUCCUCAAGCAACGCUUUCCCGGAAUUCCUCAAUCUUCCUUAGACAUUAGCAAAAUCCAAUACAACCGGGAUGUUGGGCAGGCUGUUCUGGAGAGUUAUUCAAGAAUACUAGAAAGCUUGGCCUUCACAGUUCUGUCCCGUAUCGAGGAUGUACUCUAUGCAGAUUAUAUCACUCAAAAUCCAUCCCAUUCGGUUAGUGAAAGGAAACUUUUAAGAGAAUCCUCAGAAAUUACAGCAGGUUCAGAUAUGUUUCCAAGCCCUAGAGAAGAGAACAAUGUGGAGACAAUCGGUUCAAUGACAUUGUCAGAUUUCAUGGGUUGGGGUAUGGAUCAAGGCAAUGCUGAGUCAAAUGACUUAACAGGAGAUUCCGAUGAAGCAUCCAAAGAUGGUGAGGGGAACCAACAUCAUAUGCAGAAACUUGCCAGCAUAGUGACCAACAAGAAGGGUUCCUAUCUUGAGAACUUGGGCGGUUUGAGAAGUCCAACAGCACGCCAUUGACAACUAUAUAUUUGGGGAGAAGUUGAAACAAAAAACUUUAUAACCAACAACAAUUAAUCACAGAGAGACAGAGAGAGGGAAGGGAGAGAGAGAGAACAUAACGGGAAAAGAAAUACAAUAUUGACUCCAGAUGUAUUCAUUCUUUUCCUUACUUCUGUAAAUAGGGAAGAAUGAGUAAAACUAAUUGGGCUUGAAGGUGUUUUUUGUUCUUUUUUUUUUUUCUUUUUCUGUACUAGAAGUGACGUUGAGGUCUGACAGCUACUUAAAUAUGAUUGUUGACCAUCUCAGCUGGUUUA